GGCAGCCGGGUAAGCGGCGGCCAUGGAGGGGGAGGAGGUGGCGUCGUCGUCGGUGGUGGUGGUGGCUGGGGCCUGAUCCGCGCCGAGACGGGGCGAGGAGUGUGGGGGACGAGGACAGGGGGGUAGCCAGGCCUGGCUCGGCAGCCGAACGCGAGCAACGGCAGCAGCAGUAGUGCCGACGUAGCCCGCCAAGUGUGCCCUCGCCCCGUGGGCCCCCGGCCUCCUCCAGCCCAGUCGGGCUCCUUUCUCGCCAGAUUUAAUCAAUUAUAAGAGAGAGGAAAUUUCCACAAUCCAGACAGAUGAUGAUCAAUUGAUAUCCCAACCCUGAGUUAUACCAGACUUUUAAGCAGCGGAAAGAAUGUCGGCGAGGGCCGUGGCUGACGUCAGAGGGGAGCAACGCAGAGCGGCGGCGGCGGCGGCCAGCAGGCAGCAACAGCGGCGGCCCCGGCACGGCGGAGGAGGGGGAGGAGGAGGCGGCGGCGAGAGCGGCCCCGCCAGCACGACCAUCACCACCACCCCCGCCAGCACGACCCCCGCCACCACCGCGGCAAUGGCGACUGUCGGGGAGCGCAGGUCCUUGCCCAGCCCGGAGGCGAUGUUGGGGCAGCCCUGGAGCCACUGGGUCGAUGCUGCUAAACUUCACGGGAACGACGGGGCAGCCUUGGAAGAAAAUUUCAAGGAGUACGGGAAAAACCGCGAAGCAAUGCGACUCUGUAGAGAAGAUAUGCCAAUAUUUGGUCUUUGCCCAGCUCAUGAUGAUUUCUAUUUGGUGAUGUGUAACCACUGUAAUCAGGUCGUAAAACCACAGGCAUUUCAAUCACAUUAUGAAAGACGACACAGCUCCUCCAGCAAGCCGCCCUUGACUCCCACUUCCUCUCCAAUAUACUCCCUUUUCUCGUCUCUGUCUUCAAAAAGCAAAGGUAGCAGUGGAGGGGGGAGCAGUCGCUCAUCCAGUGGCGGAGGUACUGGUGCAUCUUCAUCAUCCAGUUCCAAGUUGUUGAAAUCACCCAAAGACAAGCUGCCAAUCAGUGGAAAUAAUAGGUCAAUGCAUCUGGUGCAACAUAGCAAAGUUCCCCAUGACAAAAUCAUGACUGUCAAAGUGGAAAAAAUGCAUCCAAAGAUAGAUGGUGCACUAUUGAAACCUGCUGUUGGUCCAACCUGUUCUACUACUGUGAGCUCCUCAAUAAAACCUGGCCUUAAUUGUCCCUCAAUACCAAAGCCACCCUUGCCUUCCCCUGGACAGAUACUGAAUGGUAAAGGUCUCCUCCCUGUGCCUCCGUAUUCAGAAAAGAAGCAUGAUGACAGUACAAAUAAUAGGAAAUUUUUACACAAACGAUUGUCAGAGAGAGAAUUUGAUCCUGAUAUCUACUGUGGUGUCAUUGACGUAGAAACCAAGAAACCCUGUACUAGGUCUUUGACAUGCAAGACACAUUCCCUAACUCAACGGAGAGCUGUACAGGGUCGAAGGAAACGAUUCGAUCUGUUACUAGCUGAGCACAAAAGCAAAACCAGGGAAAAAGAACUCCUCCGCCAUUUGGAUCAUCAUCAGCAGACGCCCCCUCUCAGGGAACCAUAUCCCUCACCUUCAAGGACUUCCCAGGAGCUGCACCAAAAUUCUCAUGGAGCUAAUCCUACAGAAUCAAAGCCUUUAGUACCUAAUAAACCCAAACCUCACACCCCCAGUCUUCCAAGGCCUCCAGGCUGUCCAGCACAGCACAGCGGGAAUGCCCCCAGCGAGUCUCCAUCAGUCCAUGAAUCUCCACAUGCCCCUUUCCCCGCAACUGAGCCAGCCUCUCGGUUAUCCAGCGAUGAAGGAGAAUGUGAUGAAAAAGAAGAGCCUGUUGAAAAACUGGAUUGUCUUUAUUCUGAUCAUCAUCCUCAACCAGCUGCUUUUUGCACAUUUGGUAGUCGACAAAUUAGAAGAGGAUACUAUGUGUUUGAUAAGCGGUGGAACCAUAUCCGAUGUGCACUUAACACCAUGGUGGAUAAGCAUCUUAACUCUCAGAUGUGGAAGAAAAUUCCUCCAGCGACAAGCAACACUGCAUCCAUACGUACUCCGCACCGGACAAGCUCAACGCCUGUGUCGCAGUACAGCGCCAGCACGACAGGUUUUCUCUUACCCCCCACAGCUGCAUCUUCACCAGGGCUCGUGUCUCCUUCCUGUUUGUCUCUCAGUGGUAAAUCGGUACCAUCUCAUGGGACUACACUAAACGCCAACCCUGCUAGUUUUGGUGCAGCAGAACCUGCCUGCAGUAUGCAAUCAAGACAAGUGUCUUCGUCCCCUUCAACACCUCCAGUGCUUUCCUCAGUACCGUCACCUCUGUCCAGCAAACCUCAGAAAUUGAAAUCCAGCAAGUCUUUUAAGCCUAAGGAACCUUCUUCUAGCAGCGCCAACUGUAACAGUACCGGUAGCAACAGCAGUGGCGGCAGCUCAGGAAAGAAGCGUAAAAACAGUUCUGCGCUGCCGGCACCUUCUUCUCAUUCCACAGAGUCCUUUAGGAAAAACUGUGUGGUGAACUCUGGAAACUCUGGGGCUUCUUAUCACUCAUCUGUGAUGUCUUCGUCCCACAGUGUUGGCCUCAACUGUAUGACUAGCAAAGCUAACUCAGUUAGCCUGAAACAUGACCAAUCAGGGAGGGGCCCUCCGACUGGGAGCCCUGCAGAAUCGAUAAAAAGAAUGAGCGUGAUGGUGAACAGCGGCGAUUCCACUCUCUCGUUGGGACCGUUCAUUCACCAGUCCAGCGAACUGACUGUCAACUCGCACAGCGGGUUUUCACAUUCUCACCCUUCCCUAGACAAAUUCAUAGGAAAGAAAAGAAAAUGCUCGCCUGGUUCAAGCAGCAUAAACAGCAGCAGCAAAGCAAACAAGGUUGCCAAAUUGCCACCGGUGAACAACAUUCACACGAAACACACCGGUGCAAUCCCAGGGACGCAAGGACUGAUGAAUAAUUCUAUCCUCCAUCAGCCAAAGGCACGUCCCUAACAGUUUGACACAGUAAGGAAAGAACUGGAUUAUUUUCACUACAAGUGUGUGUGGGGGGGGAAAUCUCCAUCUGGAAAUUCUGGACUCCAUGAUGCCUUUUGAGUUCUCCCAGCUUCCCACAGUCCUCAGGUGUGGAAAUCGACUGGACUGUCACUCAAUCAAGGAGUUUUCCCUGAAGCCAUGUCUGUAGCCGUGAAGCUUGGAAAUGGACACUGGAUUGCUGUUCAGCCCACAGGAUCGUUUCUUAUCAGUGUUACCGGUGGUCUGGACUGCUCGCUACAUAAUCUUGCCACUAUUUGACCUUAGAUCGGUUGGGCAAAAUAAUGUUUGGGAAAAAAUAUUUGCUGUGGACUCGUUCAUUCAUUUCCCCUGAUAGUGUCAUAUAAGGCUUUAAUUAACUGCCGCUUUGACACUGUCCACUGAGGGGGGGGGAACCCUUCAAGGAGGGGGCACAAUGUGUUAGGCACAAUAAAAAAAUAAUAAAAAGAAGCCCUCAAGAAGGGAAAAUAUGGCUUUAGUGUUUUAUAGCAAUGUUCCUUGAUUGGAAUACAAAAAAAAUAAAAAUAGCACAAUGUAGAAACAGAACAAGUCUAUGUUUUGCCCAGCCUUUUGCAAGUAAUUUGGGAUAAGAAGCUGUCAGGAGUACUUUAAAAAAAAACACCAACAGCAGCAAUCAACAACAAAAACUAUGGCCAUCUCUCAGAAGAAAGCGCAUUUUAAAUGGAGAACAAUUAUAUGGUAAAAAAAAUGUAUUGGGUAAUCAUGCACCAAGCACAAGUGCUCCACAUCCUUUGUAUAUUCAGUAGAGCUUGUACUGAAUUUCAGUCCAAGCCCUAAAAUAUAUGGAGGUUUUGCACAGUGACAGUCUUUGGAGAAAGGCCAUGCAUGCUUGGUUUUAAGAUAAAAAGUGCUAAUUGUGUUAGGUUAAAAAAAAAGUAGUUGUAAUCCCAGAUGCAAAACUCUAAAACCCAAAAUGGUGAAGGACCUCUAAAACUAUUCCCAAAGAAAGCAAGUUCUUGACCUAUACUGUAUGCCAUAAGCCUUUUGUUGUUUUGGAGAGGCGGGCGGGGAGAAGAAAAAACGCCAAUUUAAGUUGGUUAUUACCUUCCAACCAUUUUUUAAAAAAUAACCCUUAAAAUAGAAUCUAAAAUAUUUAGAACCCUGAAUUUUCAGUGCUGUGUUCUGAAAGACUCUCCAUUAAAUUGAUGCCUUGUUCACACAACCAAAUUAGCACACACUCCUCCCCCACAAAGCCCACAUUCAUGUCUUACUGAUGACUGCAUGAAAGUGCCAGUUCAAAUUCUGAUCUCAGUGUUAAAUCCUCCCCUUGAUGUAUUGGUAUCCAGCUUCACAAGGGCAGUUGUCUUGUGAACAUAAGGGGAGUUUUAAACAUGCCAUUCAAUCCCACGAUUGCUUUUUCCUGUGAGAAUUUUUGUGUUCAAGUAAAAUCCCCCCACUUAGGGCUUUAAGCAUUAUUAUUGAUUCUGGUUGUUUCUAAGAGUGGCAGAACACUUUUGUGAAAUUUUACACAUUUUAUAAUGUGGAAGGAAGAGAAAGUAUAAAUCCCAAAUAAUAGGACAUAGUCCAAAGGCAGCUCCGCUUUGGCAGCUUCGUAGACAUGACUAAGUCCUUCCCUAUCCAUUUUAAUGAGGCAUGCGGAGGACCAGAUUUAGACGUUAUUUCCCCCCUGUGCAAUGACAGCUGAUCUCUGCAGCCAUCGAGUGAGGCUGGAUGUCUUGAGGCCCAUCUCACUAUGGAUUCUGCUGCACCCGCUGGUCCAGCAAGCUUAGCUUUUCGCAGUGGCAGCUGCAGAAUGCAUCGUACCAAGAGACUCUGUCAGACCCCCUCGCUCCAUUUCAUUCCCACCACUUGAGAACGAUGUGGCCAAAAAAAAAGUUCACUGAGAAAGAAAACCUGGUUGUCUACCCUCCAUGUAGGGCUUGUGCUGGAGAAGCUCUCAGCAGAACGUGCCUGUAGACGUCUGCCUUAAAAGUGCAUCAGAUCUUGCUGAGAGGUGACAAUCUGAGCCUAUCAAAUUCAUCACCCAGCCCAGACUCUUACCCUAAUAUGGUGGUGUAUAGCACAUCAGGGAUUCUAAGGCCACCAAAAGCAACAGUUGUGCUUGAGGUCUUUUUUGUUAGUUUACCUAUUGAGGUUUUCAGAUCAACAUGAAAUUUGCUACUGAAUUAUUUAAAAAAAACCACACAGUGAAGCAACAAGACUCUAUGCAGACAACUACAAAGCCUUUCUUUCACAAAAGAUCAUGUUUUUAAAAAAAGUAAAGGAAAAAUACUUUGGGCGGUUAUAAUUAUGCAAAUAUUUUUUAAAAAUGACUGCAUAGCGGGAGGUUUAAAUAACCCUUCCAUUGUACAGGAUACUAUAAAAUGAUUUUAAAAACUUCUCAAUUGGCUUAUUUGGGAAGGGGAAAUGGUGGGGAGGGGGUGGGGACAACCAAAGUAACAUAUCUGCUCUGCAGAGAGGAAAGCGACACUGGCUACAUCACACGUGUUGGAUAUUUUUUUCAAUCACAAGUGCAAUUGGGUUUUGAUAGAAUUGCCUUCAGAGGCUGACAAUUUUUUUCGUAAGUUAAAAAACCUUAGUGGCUUUAAGUAUUCAAACGUCCUCUUUUUUAAAAAGAAAAACACGUUGCUUCGAAAGCAUCAAAGCAAGUCCAGGUUUCUUGAAAAGCAUGCAGAUCUCUGUAGAAAGUUCAUCAGCUAACCACUGUGUUUAACCUGAAAUGGGCUGCGGCCAAGGGCCCAAUUCCACUGAGAACGUCUGUAUUGCAAGCCAUGGCGAAAUGCAUGGGGGCUUCAUGCAAACAUGGCCAUGCUCUUGCACAAGGGCCACUGGGUUCAGCAGGAGGCAUUCCAGAGUAGAAUUGUGUCUGUCUGCCACGGCUCAUCCAUUUUUCAUAUUUACUAUAAAUAGAACCAGAGGACGUCUUAAUUUAUGCCUGCCCCUGGAACUGUAGACUUGCUUACCUAUUGCGCAAACAAUAUUCCAUUUGGGGGCUUAGUAGUAAAUGGAAUCAUUGUUUCUUGAAGCUUUUAUUGUCUGACAAAAUUCUUAUUGUAAAUAAUAAAGGAGACUUCAAUUAAUUUGUCUUGCAAGAUUUGCAGUGGCUGGGUUGUUUCUAGAAAGAUUUUGGUAUUAAUUUAAGAGAUACAAUUUUUUAUAGUCUUUCCAGCUUCUCAUUAUGACUCCUGCAGUUUUCUUAACCUAAAAAAAAAUGUUGCAAUGAUGAACAAAGAAUUAUACAAAAAUAA